GUUGGAUCCAGCUGGUCAACUAACUGGCAAGCUCACGCCAACCUCCUCCUCCUCCUCCUCCUCCUCGUCCUCCUCAGUUCCAGCAGAGUGGUCACCCAUCGCAUCGGGGACAUCGGGUGUUCUUUAGCUCCUGCUUUUUACGUACCACCCACCGCCACCCCCUGACCCAACCGGAGCCUCCCCGCCGGACCGUUGAACCCCACUGGCUGGAGGGCUCAGCCUUGAACUUGGCGUGGCCGCUGAUCAGUGAUCUGUGAUCACCACCCACCUACCCACUGCCCGCCUUCACGCCAGAGAUUGGGGCCAGCCCGGUCGGCUAGCGGCCUUUCCAGCCCCAGACAGGCCGGCGGCCGUGAUGUCGGCGGCCGCGUCGUCCUCCACCCCCGGGUCAUCAUCGUCGUCGGGUCACGCCGAGGUCAAGUCCCUGUUGCAUCAACGGCUGAUCGAAUCCGGCGAGAAGGAACGCCUCAAGGAGCACCUCAAGACGCGGUUGGUGGAAUGCGGCUGGCGGGACCAGCUUAAGCUCUCGGCCAAGGAGAUCAUCCGUCAAAAGGGACUGGAACACGUGAAGUUGGACGAGUUGAUCGCGGAAAUCACGCCCAAGGGACGGGCCACCGUGCCCGACGCCGUCAAACGCGAACUCCUGGCCCGCAUCAAGGACUUUCUGGCUCAACAAGAGAACAUUUAA